AUGCCCACACCAAUCGUGGACUCACACAUCCACCUCUUCCCAGCCUCACACCUCCCAACUCUAGCCUGGCAUGGGCCGAACAACCCCCUCGGCGCGCAGCACAGCAUAGACGAAUACCGACACGCGGCAUCAUCCGCCUCCCCAUCAGCUGAUCCGCCCGCUGACAAGUAUCUCCGGGGAUUUAUCUUUCUCGAGACAGACCGGAUAUCCUCUGUUCCAGAGGAAGAUGCCGAGAAUCCAGGAUGGAAACACGCCUUGGACGAAGUGAGCUUUCUCACGCGCAUCGCUCUUGGCGAGCCUACCGCAGGCGAAGGACACAGGAUUGUCGACCGGGAUCUUUGCCUCGGUAUUAUACCAUGGGCACCUGUCCCGGGUGGUCCAGAUGUACUAGAAAAGUAUAUGGCCAGUGUUAAAGAGCGGACGCGAACAGAUGACGUUUGGAGCAAAGUGCGAGGAGUGAGAUAUCUUGUUCAAGAUAAACCGGAGGAAGUGAUGCUUGAGCGGGGAUUCAUUGACUCGCUCAUGUGGCUUGGAAAACAGGGUCUCACGUUUGAUCUCGGGGUUGAUAUGAGAAGCGGCGGGUGGACACAGCUGUGGGAAGCUAAACAGAUGAUGACCCAAGUAUAUGAGGAGCUUGAUGGUAACGAAAGCGAGCAGGUGACGAUUGUGAUUAAUCACCUUUGCAAACCUAACUUGCGGUUAAGUCCUGAAGAGGUCCGAGAUCACAAUGAAUAUCUUUUUUGGUGCGAUAUCAUGAGAGACUUCGCAUCUGCGAGCAAAAAGACUUACAUGAAGCUUUCGGGUGCUUUCUCCGAGCUUCCACCUUUGGAGGCAGAUGCUGAUUUCAACGUUGCAUCAACGGUUGAUCGUCUCCAGCCCUGGACGGAUGUCGUUUUUGACAGCUUUGGCGCAGACCGUGUCAUGUUUGGUUCUGACUGGCCGGUCUGCAAUGUUGGUGGCGGUGGAAAUGAUGUCGCAUGGAACAGAUGGAAAGAAGUCUUUGAAGGAAUUCUGGAGAAGCGAGGCUUAACAGAGAAGGAAAAGGAAGGUGUUUGGGGAGAAGUAGCCCUGAAGGCAUAUGGCAUUGUGAAUUAG